CGAAACAUGUGAGACAGUCGCAGAGCAGCCCCAUGCUUACCACUUAGUCUGCUUUCUUACGUACCUUUCGAAGUGAGACAAACGUAAAGAUACAACCCGUGAUUCCUCCUAUCUCUCUUCCCUCAACAAUUCUUCUUGUAAUAUAUAUAUAUUUUAUGCAACAUAUUUGUAUUCGCUGCUGCUAUGUAUGUGUCGGUAGGAUUUUAAUGGCUAAUUCAUAGGUAUCUGUCUCUGACAUCUGGAAGUUUGCCAUUGUUUUAUUCUCCUUUCCCGUUCAUCGAUGUAAGCUGAAACUCUCUCUCUCUCUAUUUUUCUUUUAUUUAUGCUCAUAUUAUCAUAUAUAAAUUUAUUGAUUUCCCGUGAUUUGUGAUAUUUACAAAUUAUUUAUUUGAAAUAAAUUUGCUGAUAUUACCAACUCUUUACGACGAUUAUUUCUUCAAACGUACUCAGUAUGAAAUCAUCUCUUUACUACGAUUUUAUAAAAACAUACGAGGAUUUUCUUUUCUUUUUUGUUAGAGAACAUAAGAGGAUAUAUAUAUGGUUGAAUACAGUGUGGAGGACGUAGUAUGUGUAAAAGAUAUAUAAACUUUUAACUUUUAGUUUCAAAUUAUCUCUACUCGGCGCAUUUUGAAAUCGUUGUGUUUGUAUCUCGAGACAACCUUUCUCAAUUGUUAAUUGUUGAAUGAACAACUAACCAAAUAUCUAAUAUUUCACACGUCAAAUCUAAGGUAUUUAUAAGAAUAUAUCUCCUCAACCACCAUGCAAUAUUUAAUUACAUUUUAUACUAUUUCUAAACUUAUUUGUUUUAUGAAUUAUGAUGUUUCAAUAAGCUACUAGUUCAUCACCAAAAUGUAUGUUUCAUACUACACGACAAGAAAACAUGUGUAUAUAUAUAUAAAGAUCCCGAGAUAUGUUCUUCAAAGCUCAAAAAAUAAUAAUCGCUAUCUCAAAGAGUUCGAAACAUUGAGAAAGUGAUGGUGGCUAGUGAACAAAAGAAGAGUGCAAGCCAAGCGAAGCUUCAAUUUCUCAGAAAUCUCACUCGCUUUAAACUUAGUAACCAUGAACAGAGCAUGGUAACUAGGGAGACUCUUCUAUACAUAGCCGUGCUCAAACUUAAGAUAGAAGCUCUGCAGGGAGAACAUGAAGUUUUCAAGAUUAUCAAAGCAGAACCUUUACACCAGUUUCAGGAGGUAAAGGUGGAGAAGAUUGGAGAAAGGUUUCAAGUAAAGAUAAAUAGUCUAAAGGGAGACGAUAAGCUUGUGAACAUUCUUGAAGCAUUUGAAGAAAUGGGGUUGAGUGUGACACAAGCAAGGGCUUCUUGCCGAGAUAUAUUUGCCAUGGAAGCCAAUGUUGCACCUCAGUGCAAAGAGAAGAUGUGGAGUGUCGAUGAUAUUACCCAAACUCUGGUUAAAGCUCUUGUCAAGUCAAGUGGCCCGCUGUAACAUUUAUAAGGAUAAUAAAAGGACUUAAGCGCUCAGAAGAUUUUGAGUUUUAGUUUGGAAUUGAGACUUCGUAUAUAUAUAUAUAACUCACAUUAGAUUCAGUUUUGUUCUACUACAUCCAUAGAAAAUUC